AUGGAGCUACGCAUAUUUUUUAUUCAUAGACAAUCUACAAGGAUUGAUGUCUAUGUCUAUGUUUUGGAUUGGAAUUCCCUUGCUGCUGUGCUUUGGCAUGUGGGGCUCACAGGUUAUAUAAGAAAGAACAUCUUCAAUACACAUGUGUAUCCAACUUACCUUGCCAAUAGUGGGCUGAAAACGAACAUCUUCAAGAUUCACCCUCGGUCUUUGUGGAUUGUGGGGGUGGUGGUCAUCUUUUCUACCCUGGUGAAGAUAGGAGCUGUAAUGUUGCCAGCCAGCUAUUUCGAUGUGCCUCUGCGCCAAGCUUUUGUGCUUGGCCUCAUCCUCAACUCAAAAGGCAUCACAGAGCUUGUCAUGUUCGACCUGUUUAAGCAAAGCAAGGUUCUGACUGAUCAAGAAUUUGCGCUGGUCGUGAUCUCAGUGGUGCUCAUAACAGCAGUGGUAACACCCUUGAUAAGAUAUCUUUAUGAUCCUUCAAUGCAAUACGCAGUGACGAGAAGAAGUACAAUCCAGCAUUUGAAACGUGAGUCGGAGCUCACAAUCCUAGCAUGCAUCCACAACCAAGAGAACGUUCCCACAUUCAUAAACGUCGUGGAAGUAUCAAAUGCUACAGAACAGAACCUUGUUGCAGUCAUUGCCCUCGUCCUCACUGAGCUUGUGGGGCGAACCAACCCUAUUCUUGUGUCACACCGUCCCUAUGACACCUUAGACAACAGCUCGUCUGGCCAUAUUGUCAAAGCCAUGAGGCAAUACGAGAAAUACAAUGAAGGGUAUGCCACCCUUCAAGCAUACACUUCCAUCUCGAGUUAUGUAACAAUGCAUGAUGACAUUUUCCGGUUAGCAUUUGAGAAGAGGGUAAACCUUGUGAUCAUGCCGUUUCACAAGCAAUGGGCCAUAGAUGGCAACAUUGGGUCAGUGAACCGACCCCUCCAGUCCAUGAACAUCAAUGUCCUUGAAAAGGCACCUUGCUCCGUUGGAAUUCUCAUCGAUCGAGGGGUCCUAGGCGGGUCGGUGUCAAUGCUAGCCAGCCGGUAUAUAUGCCAUGUUGCUGUGAUCUUCAUUGGUGGUGCAGAUGAUACAAAGGAACUGGCCCAUGGCUCUCGCAUGGCAAGGCAUCCAAGUAUGGACUUAACAGUUGCACGGUUCCUUCUCUUUGGAGAAGAAAAUAGUAAAGACCGGAAGCAGGACUCUGACUUGCUUGAGGAAUACCGGGUAGCCAAUGGAGACAACGAGCGGUUUGUUGUUGUGGAGGAGGUGGUAAGAGAUGGAGCACGGUUGUCUGUUGUUAUCAGAUCAAUGGUGGAUUGUUUUGAUUUGAUGUUGGUAGGGAGGCACCAUCAGGACUCUCCACUUCUUUCAGGGCUUGGUGAGUGGAGUGAGUGCACGGAGCUUGGAAUCGUUGGAGACAUGCUUGCUUCCCUGAACUUUCAUUGUUCAAUUUCUGUAUUAGUGUUGCAACAACAGAGAAUAGGAGGAAAACCGCUUAGAAACUCUUCGUCUUGUCUUGGUCUUCUCUUUCCUUUUCAAACUUAG